AUGAACAAAGCAAGAGCCAUGCUCGAUGCCCUCAUGGGGCCGAAUCGCAACGAGAAGGAAGUCGACAAAGCGAAAGCAAAAGAGAAAUUCAAGGAUCCAGGCGUGUGUAAAAGCUUUCUCAUCGGGCUUUGUCCGCUUGAUCGAGCUUACCUGGGCGGUAAACGUCAGUUUAAGCCCUGUGAGAAGAUUCACUCAGAAAUUAUGAGAGAUCAGUUCAUCACGCACCCCGAUGCUGAUGAGCUGAGACGUCGGUAUGAAGCAGACACCCUUCCCAGUUUGGAGUUUGCCGUCCGAGAGUGCGAAGCACGAAUCGCGGACGAGAAGGGGCGGAUCCGAGAUGACUGGGGUAGGAGAAGACCUCCGUUGCCCGUUCCUGUCAUCGACAAGCUCUCCGCAAUGAAGCGGGAGAGCUCCGCCAAAGUGAAGCUGGCUGAGAGCCUGGACGAUGACAAGUUUCAGGAGAAGGCUCGCUUGAUGGCCGAGGCCGAAGACCUCACCAAGGAGGCAGCCGCUGUAGAGGAGGAGGAGACAAAGAAGGCGAUUGCGGCUGCUGUUCCUGAAGAAGUUUGUGACAUCUGUGGCACGUGCUACCAGGGCGCUGCUGCUGAUGCGGCCCACAAGCAGUUCAAAAUACACAACUCCUAUCAGGAGAUUCGAAACAAGCUGGACGAGCUGAAGCCCCGAGUAGAUGAGUGGCGGAAGAGACGCCAAGAUCAGGAUCCGAAGACCGAGCGCUCCGAGAAGCGGAGCAAGGCCGAGGAUCCGGAUCCGAAGCAAGGGGACCGGAGCCGUCGAGGCAGCACCGGGCCGGGCCCCACGUAG